AUGCCCGGCGAAGGCCCGCCUUUGCCAAAUAGGUUCCCCUGCCUUUGCAAAGCCAUUUACUCCUGGGGUGGAGAGGUAGUCAAUCUGGUUAUGGCGCUCUAAACUUUUUCAAUGCUGACCCUUGAUAGACCAAAAGGGAUCUAGGUUUCGUGGAAGGCGAUCUGAUCGAAUGCCUUAAUGCGGGCGAUGGGCAAUGGUGGAUGGGACGCUUAAGGCGCAAUAAACAGGUUGGGCUGUUCCCUUCGAACUUUGUUGAGGUCCUUGACCAUCCUAUUCCACCAUCACGGCCAGUUUCAAGAAAUGGUGCUUCUAGCCCGGCGCCUCACGGCGGCAGCAUCUCUCGCGGUGUAUCCCCUGCUCCAAGUAUGUAUUCCCGAGCGGCCUCACCACAACCUCCCGCACAUCAGUACCUCGAUCGUGGCCGAUCGCCUUCCCCGAAUCCAUAUCAACAUCCACAAAGUUACUCUCGAGCAGCGUCUCCUAACCCUUAUACGAGAGCAGCCUCCCCCAAUCCCUAUAAAGCUGUUUCCCCCGACCCAUUCCAGCGACAUUCGAGAGCUCCAUCGCCGAAUCCAUACCAAAGGGCCGCCUCCCCCAAUACCUAUAGAGCGGUCUCCCCAGCACCCGGGAGUUACAACUCUCGAGCACCUCCCGCAAACUUCCAACGUGCCACCUCUCCUAGCCCAUAUAUGGGACACGAUCAUGCACGGGAUGAUGUUCCUCCACCAGCACCUCCCCCUCAUCGAUAUCAUCGCGCUGGCUCCCCUUCACCGCCCCAGGAUGGACAUCGGACACCUGCCGCCGAUCGGGCCCAUUCACCUGGCCUUCUGGGGAAUACCCCGAGCCCGCUACGCAAUGCUAUGGAGGAUGUUAUGGAGAGUUUGGAACAUAUGGCGAGCCACGAUGAGCGACCACGGACCCCCCAUGACCCUUGGUCUCCUGAAGCCUUUGCCGGUCAAUUCCAUCCCUCCCCGAAAAGAAGGAGCUACAUAAGACCUGAAACAUCGUUGGGCAUUGGGGAUCGAAAUGGCUAUCUCGAUGACGGUGAGAGUGAGGAAAAGGGGGGAAUGGCGUACCCGGAUAGACCUCGUCGACCUGCGUCACGAGUGGAGGAUCGGACACGGAGAUUCCAGUCUUCAGAUCGAUAUGGCGCAGAAGAUGACGAUGUGCCACCGGCUCCCCCACCCAAAAACCCUGCAUACACCGAAACAAUCCGACCGCGGACCGGCGAUGCUUCAAUCCGGGAUAGAAAAUCUAUGUAUGAUGUGGGUACCAAAAGCCCAAGUCCAACAAAACUGGUCCGCCCGAGGCCUCUUUCGAGAAACGCGACAAUCAAAUCGACCACCACCACAUCCCACCAAUCAUCAAGUACAAACACAACUACUUCCACAGCCGCAACCAGCACAAGCAUAAUGAGCGGUAUCAGCGCCGGUGGAUUUUCGGCGACCAGUGCGGGAAGUUUGGCAAGGCGAAAGUUAAAGGCAAUGAGUGUGAUUGAAGGGCACGGGCAGAUAUUUAGUCUAAGUAGCUUCGGCAGAACGGAAAUCCCUUCUCCAAGCCCGGGGAUAAGGCCGGCAAAUGGCGGGGCACCUCAUGUGUUACGAAGAGGUCAAACUUGGGCUGCCCCAGAGGCGACCCCGUCCGUCGGUGCUGGUGUAUUCGGAGGACUCACGGCCCCUAAACCGAAGAAGACAGGAUUCCUUAAGAAAAUAUUAAAUAGUGCCAAAACAAGUACCGCAUCCGCGAGAAGCGUUGCAAACUCCCCAGCUCCAUUUUCAACUCCUAGAACAAUACCUGACGGGAUAAACUCAAUUGCCGGCGGCAAAGCGGUCGCGCAGCAGCAGAGUCAGGAUUGGGUACAGGUCAGAAGAGACGUCAAUCGAUCAAACACAUUCUCCAGAAACGAACGGAUAGAACGACAGGAAAAGCAACAGUUAAUGGAUCAAGUCGUGCUUCGGCCUGUGGAUGCCCUAGAUGACGAUGUAGACGGUGACGAGGCAGCAGACGGUGGAAUCGUGCAACGGCCGGCUGACUUUGACGCUGCCAAUUUAAGUUUGGUAGACAAGUCUGCCAGGUUCAUUGGCAACCCGCCACCUUUUACAACACCCGAGAGCCUAGCAAAUCAUCACGUCUGCCGCCCAUAUCGGAGCGAUGUUCAACGAUUGCGCGCAAUAUUCACUUGGGUUUCGGAGAAGAUAGCCUGGGAGCAUCCUAGUGGGCCCCUGAAUGGGGAGAUUGGCGAUGAGCUGGAUACAAGGGCAGUGAUAGCCCAAAAACGAGGAAGCCCAGAGGAAGUUGCCGCAGUGGUUCUCGGAAUGUGCAACGCAGUGGGAAUUCCGUGCGAGACAAUCAGAGGAUAUCUGAAAGCUCCUGGAGAAGUCCUGGACGUCGACAUGUGCCCGCGACCCAAUCAUUGGUGGAACGCAGUGAUAGUGGACGGGGAAUGGCGAUUCAUGGAUUGCUCCCUCGCCUCGCCGACGCACCCAAGACGAGUGAUGUACUCAUCAUCGCCCCUUGGACAAGCAGACUUCUUUUGGUUCCUUACCAAACCGAGCCAAUUCUGCUGGACGCAUAUCCCCAUAAUGAUGGAACAGCAGCACAUUGUCCCUGUUCUUCCCAUGCCAUACUUGCUCGCGCUCCCAUGCGCGUGUCCGCCGUUCUUCAAGCAUGGCCUCCAGAUGAUCAACUUUGACACCAGCCUUACCAGAAUCGAAGAUUUAGAGGUUGCACAAGUCGAGUUCAGCGUUCCUGCCGAUAUAGAGUGCUCCGCAGAGGUUGAAGUAAGGGGCUUUGCAACCGACCAGGACGGCGACAUCUACGACACUGGAGACGUAGUGAAGAAGCGGGCGUUAUGUCAAGUUGCGUGGGAGAACAGGGUCAAAACGUACAGAGUUAAGGCAGUACUACCCGGUGACGAAGGACAGGGCGUGUUGAAAAUAUAUGCCGGGAAGCGUGGGCUGAUAGUAAGUUCCUCUUCCGUCUCCCUCUUCCCCAUCUUCUCUCUUGUAAACUAACUAUUCCUCAACAGCACUCAAUAAAAGACAACCCCCACCCCCUAGCCCUCGCCUUACCCAUAAUUCACACGGGUGAAAACCCGCCCUACGACUUCCUCGUCCGACAUCCAACCCCGCAUGCCCAGCGCCAUGAUUUAUACGUCUCCCAGCCGCAGUGCUCAAGGCUAGCGGUGAACAACACCUUCGUCUUUGCCGUUCGCCAGCACCCAAGCGACGGCCCUCCUGACUCUUUCUCCGCCAGCGCUUCGGGCAAUGCACCAAAACCGGCGAAGUUAGCGAUCCAAACGCCCAGCGGGAAAAUCCUCCGGUUAAUGAAGAAGCCGGACUCAAUGGGUGCGGACAACGGUAUGGUCUGGGAGACCAUCAUCAAGUGUGGCGAGCGUGGGUCUUGGAGGGCGUUGGUGCUGGCGGACAGGAGUGCUCGGUGGUGCGUUUAUGCGGAGUGGAAUGUUGUCUAG